AUGGCUGAUGAUCUUGGGUUCAACGAUCUCGACUGGAAAGACAACAACCUACAUACACCGAACCUACGUCACCUAGCCUUUCACGAAAAUACGGCUCAACUUACCAACUCAUAUGUUAACCAAUUAUGCACACCAACGAGAAGCGCAUUUAUGACGGGAUAUUAUCCAUUUCGAACGGGAACACAGAACGGCGUAUUUCUGCAUAUGGAGCCUUCUGGAAUCCCAACAAUGUUUCCAUUUCUAUCGGAGAACAUGCGAUCUUUGGAUUACUCAACGUAUUUAGUCGGCAAAUGGCACUUAGGUUAUUGCAAAAAGGAGUAUUUGCCGACGAAUCGCGGAUUUGAUUAUUUCUAUGGGUUCUAUGGUCCGCAAACGGGCUAUUUCAACCAUAGCGCUGAUCAGUAUCAUCGAGAGCUAAGGCGGGUUGUCAAAGGAUUAGAUUUGUUUGAGGAGAUUGGUUCUGGAAAAAGCACUCCAGACUUCUCGCAAAAUGGGGUUUACUCAACGGAUCUCUUCACUGAUGUUGCCAUGAGUGUUCUUGAUAAUCAUAAUAACUCAAAACCGUUCUUCAUGUUUCUGUCAUAUCAGGCGGUGCAUCCGCCAUUACAGGUGCCCCGGUCAUUCGAAAAAUAUUGCUCAAGGGUUAAAAACCGUUAUCGUAAAAUAUACUGUGGGAUGCUUACCUCAAUGGAUUUUGCAAUUGGACGCUUAGUGGAUUAUUUAAAAGCAGCGGGACUAUAUGAAAAUACAAUUAUUGUUUUUACUAGUGAUAAUGGCGGAACUGUUGAAUUUGGAGCCUCGAAUGCUCCAUUAAGAGGUGAAAAGGAUUCAAUCUGGGAAGGUGGAACGAGGACGACAACAUUUAUUCAUUCGCCCAGAUUCAUCAAAAGGGGAGGAGAGAGAAAAAUGUUAUUUCACGUCGUCGACUGGCAUGCUUCAAUUUUAUCAAUGGCCGGACUAAAAAUUGAUUCCUACGGUGACGGUAUUAAUCAGUGGGAUUAUAUUCGAACCGGAAAACCAAAGUUCAGAAGAUAUCAGUUUAUCUAUAAUAUUGAUUCUAAGGGAAGCGCGAUACGAGACGGCGACUAUAAACUAAUAACUGGAAAUGUUGACAGGAAGCAAGUGAAGGAAAAGAAUCGUAUUCGCCUAUUUCGUAUCUCAAUUGAUCCGACGGAAAGCAAAGACAUAGCACGUCAAAAUCCAAAAAUAGUACGAAAGAUACUUGCAAAACUCGAGAAUCUCAAAAAGUAUAUGCACAAAAAUGUGCGAAGACCUCUGAGUCUUGACGGAAGCCCAGAGCUGUUCAAUGGGACAUAUUCAAGCUAUUGGUGUGAUAAUUUAUCGCCAAAGAAUUCGUCAACUUCGGGAUGA